ACUCUCAGACUGAAAGUGAAAGUAUAAACCCACUGCUGACUCUGAGGAUGCUCUGACUCCCUGACUGUGCAGACAUCCAGACCAGAACCCAGUGCAGGAUUUCUAGUCCAGGGAUCCAAACCAGGACCCAGACUUCAGCUAUCUGAGCAGCAGAUUGCGGAUUGUCUGGUCCCAGAAUCCAAACCAGCUCGGUGGUUCUGGUUGACGAGGAUUGUGGUCCAGAUGAUGUGGUUUCCCCGGGCGUCCAGCAGGAGGCAGCAGAGCAGCACAGGAGCAGGAGGAGUCGAGGAGAACCGGAAUGGAGAGAAAAAGAAAUUCCUGACACUGAAGAACCCUGGAAAGAUCUGGAAGAACCUCAGACAGCACAACCAGAACCACGCUGCAGAGCAUGAGGUGGACUGUGGGGAGACUCUGCAGGAGGAGCAGAGGGAGGAGCGUUUGGAGGAGAUCAGCAGGACCCUGAUCCUCAGGGAGGAGCAGCUGUUCAGUCAGGACCCCCGCUGCGAGGAGGCCGAGGACCAGCUGCAGAGAGACCUGGAGGCUCUCAGCCUGAAGAUAUGGAUGGCGAUCCACAACACCUUCACCCCCUCUUCAUCCUCAGCCUCCUCCUCUGAGGAGAUGGAGGUCCUGAAGAGUGCUGUGGUCUGCAUCCAGCAGCAGGAGGAACAGGACCGGCGAUGGACUGGAUGUCCUGAAGACAAAGUCCCGGUGUGGCGUCCUCAGAAGUGUCUCAACACUCACAACAGACUCCUACAGAGCAUGGUGGAGUCUAGAUUGAUGAGGGCCGCCGAGGAAGACUCUGGUGAAACUGAUGGACUGUCUUCACCCCUGAAGAGGGAGGUGUGUCGUGUGGGACGACGUGUGAAAGAGGACCUACUGACGGUGCAGAGGUCGGUGAUGGACUGUUACCCUCCUAAGAUGGACAUCCUGAAUCUGUACGGGGGACUCUACCAUCAGAGUUUCUCCACUCGACUGAAGAGUCUGGAAGCUUCUGGGCUAGAAACAGACGACUGCAGCUACCUGCUGUUCUGGAUCAACCACUGCUAUCCAAUUGAAAUAUUAAAACACGAAGAACUGGAGGGGAAGAUAAAAACGGCCUGCCUGGGUUCUCUGCUCCAACCGGACCACCUGGACCGACUGGAGGACCAGUCCCUGACCCACAAAGAGGAGAGAGUGAAGCAGUGGCUGAACUCAGCAUUUAGGAAAGAAGAGGAGAGCUGGCUGAGCGGAAAAACACCUGAACUCAUCGACCAGUACUGCUUCAGUCCGCUGGCUAUAGACGUCAUACAGGUGAUAGACGGCUCCCUGACUGAAUUAAGCUCUGUGGUUAGAGACCCAUUGAAAGCUCAGAGGCUCACAGCUCACCUGGAGCUCUUCCUCCUCAGCUAUAAGAAGAGUUUGGAGGAGUUUGUGAAAGGGAAAUCAUCAGGAAACAUCCGCUCAGUGGUCAAAGCUCAGCUGGUGUGUGAGCAGCAGUUCAGGGGUUACAUCACAGGUCUAACAGGAAGUCUGUCGGAGCAGCAGAGGUGCCGCUGUCUGGAGACUCUGACCGCCCUGAGGGAUUGUGGGUACAGGACUCUCACCGGCACCGUCCUCAUCCAGAUGAAGGUGUGUUUCAGUCAGCUGUGGACGGCGGCCUGGAUUGACGGGUCACUUCCUGUCGUGGACUCGUCGCUGGACUCUCUGUACCAGCAUCUUAUGGACCUGACGGACCUGAAACCAGCCUGCAGAGAGGUCUUGCUGUCCGACCUCCAUCAGGACCUGGUCCUGAAGUAUGUGAAGAGGAUGAUGAAGACCAGGACCAAGAGCAGGAAGCAGCAGGUGGGCGGAGCUCAGCGGAUGAUUGAGGACGCCGGAAAGAUCAACGACUUCUUCAAAGAAGGGGGCUGCAGGGAUUCUCUGUGGCUCGGGGAGAUGCUCUGCAGCCUGGCUGAAAUCCUCAGACUGCAGGACCCUGGAAGUGUUCAACUGGAGAUGGUCAGCCUGGCCAGAACCUUCCCCGACCUCAGUGGCGCUCACAUGUCGGCGUUGCUCUCCCUGAAAAGCGGCCUAUCAGCUGCUGACGUUCGCUCCAUCAGGAGGAGUGCGGAGGAGAACCGCCUCCUCGGUGCCUCCACCAAUCAGAGCCCUCCGUUCUUCUCCAGAGUCAAAGUGAAGUGGAUCAACAACAAGAUCAACCAGAUGGGACUGAAGCCCUGAACUAUCUUUGUGUUAGCAUUUUAGCCUCGCUACGUUAUAUAAGUUAGCAUGUUAGCAUAUUAGCAUGUUAGUUGACUGUAUCUGCAAAAUUAGCAUAGCAUGAGUUAGCAUGUGAGAGAGCAGGGUGUGUAACUAUCUGUCAGUAAACAGUAUUUAGGUGCAUUUCAACCAAGAGUUCUGGGGUCUUUUAGCCCCCAGAACUACUUUAUACUGAACUAAAAGGUUCCUGGUCCCACAUUGUUGUCUGCGUUUCGACCGCGGGCUGAAGUCCCGGGUAGAUUGUGCAAAUCAGGCCAGUGACGUAUGGAGGGAAUAAAAAGUAAAUGCACUACACCACCAGACCAGUAGAGGGCAGUAACACAAAGAGGAAUGCCAUUCAUCCCAGAUGACACCAUAGAAGCAGACGGACAGGCAGGUAUCAUUAUGAGCAACUCAACAGUUAGCCUGUUAGCAUGAAGAGACUCAGCUGGUCUGUUUUAGAUGGUGCUAUAUUUCAUCACAGAUGGAUUCACUGAAUCAACACGUGAGAGGAGAUAAGCACGAGUAGCAAAGACGUUUCAACACGGCUUUAAAAUCCUUUUGAACUCAAAAAGCCGUGAUCGCAGAGAUCGGCCGGUGUUUUGGUUUAAACUGCGACCCUGUUAACUGGAGACUCUCAGCCGGAUGCAUCCCUCAUAAACGUCUUUAGACCAUCAUUAAAUAUCUGAUGAGGAUAUUUUGAAAUCUUAAUAAAAACUAAACUAGUUUGCAUUCCCAGGAACUCCCUCUGUGUUUCAACAGCUGUGUAAACUCCACAAACACUGACACGUUCAGCUGAAGGUCUCCAGUUUACAGGGUCACUUUUAAAAGCGGAACACCGGGAGGAGAGACGCAUUCCCGGUGGGCUGAGAGAAGACUACUGUUACAAGCUGCUAAAUCAAGAGAAUCACAGCUUCUUCUUUUGAAAAGUACACACACAUACAAAAAAGAUAGAACAAAUAAAAACUAAUGAAAGAAAGAGAAAUCAAGAGAAUCACAGAUGUGUGUGAUGUUAUUGUGGACGGAGGGUGGAAUAAAAACACUGAGGUUAAUCUACCAAUCAGACACGCUCAGCAUUGCAGGCCCCGCCCCCUGAAAGUCCCGGGACCUUUGAAAAGUACUACACCCCUAACAGGGGCUUUUUAAGGGGUAGAUAAUCUACCCCUGUACUAAAUUUAGACCCUGGGUCCGCCGGUCGAAAUGCCCCUUUUCAUAUUUUAUCACACGCCUGUAUCUCGCCUGAGUUUCUGCUUCAUCACAGCUAACUUGGCGGUUGUGACGGAUGCUAUGGUCCGCCAUUUUGAAGGACGGACAGUUUCAAAGAUAUUUAUUCAUCAGCAGGAGACGUGGGUCAUUCUCAAGGUGUCCCUCAGGGUUCUAUCCUGGAUCCUCUAGAGUUCUUUAAGAAGACUGGGGGGCGCACUCCUACCUCAUUGGUUUAUAAAGGUGAAUUAGCGUGAAGCUAACUGUGCUACAUUUCAUCAUAUGGAAAGCUUCGUGUUUAAGAUGUUUGUGGAUUAAUAAAUCAGACCAAUGAAAUAAAACCGGUCUCUUGUCUUUAAAAGGAGACGUGAGGAAUGUAAGAAACUCUCACUGCUAACUUCAUGAUGACAUAUAAACACCUCAAUAACAGUUACCUUCUCAUCUGUCUUUGUGCUACACAAACUCUAACUUCUUUAUCAAAUAAACA